AUGUCAUCGUCAAACAAAAAUCAAUUUAACUCUUGUCAAGAAGAAGAUGAUGAUGAUGAUGAAAAUAAAAAUCAACGAAUAUGUUUAGCUGAUGAUAUUCAUCAAGUAUUAGAUCGACUUAAUCAAUUUCAUACAAAUGAAUCAAAAUUUUUAAAAGAUUUAAAAGAAUGGAGCAAUGAAGCUCAUGAUACAGUUGAUAAAUUUUACAAAUCAAAACAUGAUGAAUAUAUAAGAAGAACAAAAGAAGAUAUUGAUAGAUCAAAAGAAAUUUUAAAUUCAUUAACUAGCGAUCAUGAUGCUUCAGAAGAUUAUUUGGAUUGGGCUAACAAUGUAAUUCAAUCAAUUCAUCAACAAAUUGAUGAUUUUGAACAAGUUAAAUCAAUAUUUUCUCCAUUAAAAAUUGAUAAUUGUUUAAUUAAUUAUCCAAGUCGAAUAUCUGAUUUAAGACGUCAUUCAUCUCCAGUAAAAGAACUUUUUUCUGAUAUAUUAUUAUCAUCAUCUUCAAUAUCUCAUUUUAAUACAAAUCAAUCGAACAAAAUUUCUUUUGUAAAUUUAAAAGUUCCAACACAUAUGAUUAAACUUCAAUCUGAUAAUUGGUAUUCUUUAUCAGCGAAUCAAACAUCUUUAGUAGUUUCAGAAAAAACAAAUUUAUAUUUAAUUGAUCAAUCUUUUACAAUUAUUGAGAAAAAAUCAUUUAUACAAAUUGGAAUCAAAGAUAUUUGUUGGUCAAAUAUACUUUCACGAUUUAUUAUAAUAUCACCAAAAAAUAUUUAUACUCUUGAUGAUAAACUUAUUGAAUCAGAAUUAUCUUCAAUCAAUUCUAUUAAAAAUUAUCCAUGGGAACGUGGAACUUGUUGUGAUACGACUUUAUUUAUUUCAACAUUUGGUGAGAAUCCUUUUAUUAUUGAAUAUAAUAUAUUCCCAUCAAUACAUUUAAAUAAACGAUGGCAAUCAUCAAUAAUUUGUAAAGAAAAUGAAGUUAUAAGUGAUAUGAAAUCUAAUGAAAAUAAUCUUGGAUUAAUAAUUAAUAAUGAUAAUAAUAAUGAAAGUCGUCUUGAAGUUCGUUCAAUAAAAUCUUUUGAAUUAAUUUGGUCGAUUUAUCUUGGUAAAGGUUGGCUUUAUAGAUGUUCACCUUUAAAUGAUAAUUAUUGGACUAUUGUCGAUUCUUAUAAUAAUAGAUUUAUUCAAAUAUCUGAUCACGCUACUAUUGAUCAAAUUAUUCGUUAUCCAACAAAACCAUUUAAUGUUGUUUCUUGGAGUCUAAAUCAAGUUGUUAUAAGAACUGCUGACCAUCUGAACAUACACAAUUGCAAAUAA